AUGGCUCAAGAUUUGCCUUUCACAACUGACCUCGAGAUCCCUAUUAUACCCAUUCGACGAAAUCGUCCACUUAUUGGUCACGGAGCUUCUUGUAAGACUGAUUCCCAACGUACACUUCAAAGUCCAUUACUAGCGACCUCUAGUAGUGAUGUCCCUAAUCGAUCAUUAACUACCAGUUUUGCUUCACAGACAACUACACACAGUAAACUACCAUCGUACUUGGAAUCUCGACGUCGUCAUUAUGCAAAUAUCUGUGAACUACGUGGAAAAAUCUCGCGUGUGCCACGAUUUUGGCUCUGGACACGGUUCCUGAACAAUUCGUUCUUUGCGAAACGACUUGUGAUUGCAGGACUUGUACUCAGUGUGUCACUUGCAUGGGGAGUAACAGUAUACAACAUUCAGAUUCGCUACUGGCUUGAGAAGUCUAAGGAGCGGAACCCAGACGACUAUGGUCAUUGUAAGAUGGUAGUCGUUUUUUCUGGUCUCAUUUACCACAUGCUACCUAUUGCAGUUCUGCUAUUCUUGCCUGGAUCAGGAAUGCGCAGCUUUGAUCCAUUUGAACGAGAACAGCCUGAGUCUACCAAGGUUGCAAGUCGAAUUGACGGUGAAUUAAACCUGGACAAGGGGGAAUGGAGUUCCUCGAGUGUGCGCAAAAUCAGACGCCGCCUUGUCUUUCAACUUUGUGAACUGCUGGCCGUUGGAGCUUUAUUGUAUGAUGGAGUAUUAGUGUUUUUAUUCCUUCGUGUGCUAUUUACUGGCGCGAUGUAUGCAUGUGACAAUUAUCUAUUGCAUUUGUUUACGUUCGGAGGUGGUGUCUGCUAUGUCGGAUUGUUUGUAGUACUUUACUACUUUGCUCGCUACCGUGAGCAUAUUAAGAUGCAGCUCGGUGCAUUUACAGAGGAAGAUCAAACCGGAGACUUGCGAAAGCAAUAUAUGCCGUCAGUACAAGAUGCAACGACGACAAUGCCCGAGAAAAUGCUCGCUGUUGUGCGAACCCGUUUGUACUACGCUACACGUCGAGGUGACCUGCAAGAAAUGCGGGAUAUUCUUGACUUUGCUCAAGCCCAAGCACUUACAAGCAGUGAGUGUGGAUUUCCACAUAAAGCGUACGCUGCGCCAAAGAUCAGGUUAAAGUUUUUUGCAAGGACUCGUAGAAAUCCUGUGCACGUGGCAGCAUAUCACGGCAAUAUUCGCGCUCUUGAGCUGCUUGAAGAGUACGGCUUCAGCAUGACUUCAUUGGACAAGUACAACACUAUACACAUUUCGACUGGCAGCCUCUUUUGGUACUUUGCUCGAAUCCUUGUCAAACGACCGAGCAAUAGUCUUGAAAGCACGGCAGUAUCAAUUUUCCAGACAACUUUGAUCACACCACUGCACUGUGCUGUAUCCACAGGUCAGGUUGAGACUGUGAGAUGGCUGUUAAACCGAGGUGUAGAUCCAGGAACACUCGCCCAAGCUUCGUUUCGAUCCAACCGCGUACCUCCACUGUUCCUUGCCGAACAUGCUGAAAUUGCUCGAGAACUGCUAAUUCACGGUGCCGACCCACUUGUAAUCCCCGAUCCAGGAUUUAUGAACACGAUGACGCCGCUGCAGCUCGCCUAUCUUCGUGGUAACUACGCGGUUGCACAAGAGCUUGAGGAGUGGGGUGGUGACGUUGCUCUCACGCCAUUCCACUUGGCGGCAGCGCAAAACAAUGUGCUCGCCGUUCAAAGAUUUCUAGCUUGGAAAACGGAUGUCGACUGUCUGGGUGAAAUGGGCUAUGUUGGUCUUAACCGGAGGACACCGCUGCAUUGGGCGGCUAUCAGCGGCUCGACCGAAGCUGCUGAUGUGCUGCUUAAAGCUGGAGCCGACCCAAAUUUCCAAGAUACACGUGGUCGAUCACCUCUACAUUGGGCAGCAAAACUUAACAAGUUUGAGGUGGUUCGAUUGCUGCUUCGAGCUGGUGCCGAGGCCAACCUGGCAGAUGGUGAGUUUAUGACACCGUUGAUGUGUGCUGCCUCCGCUCGGGAUGCACCUCCAUUGGCAAGUGGAGGUGAUUUGAUGCGCACGAACUAUGAAGGUUUGCGUCCACUGGAUUGUACAGUAUCGACGACAUUGCUAUUUGAGCUCAAGCGUGCCGCUGUGGCAUUGGGGGGUGGUGCUGUUUGGCGCGAGGAGAUUGCGCGUGGAAUCACGAAUGCGUCCGUAGUGCUUUGUAUUUUUACGGAAGACUACGCGUCGUCAGAGUGGUGUUUGAAGGAGUUGGCGCUGGCAAAGCAGAUGGGCACGCCCAUCUUGGCCGUCUCAACCGAGGGUGCCAUCGUCGACGAAAACCUGCAGGUGUACCUAUACACACGACAGAUCGUUCCAUUCGAGCCAGCUAUCGUAAAUAUUCGCUGUGAUGGUGGCCGGAUUGAAUACGAGUACCAAGAGGACAGAUAUCAGUCGCAGUUCCACUUGCUACUUGAUGGCAUACGCGAUGAAGUCGAGAAGCGCCGGGUUUUCACAAAGCAGAAUAAUAUUGCUGGUAGCCGCAAGCUUGCGCGUGACGCAGACACUGGAGAGGGUAUUGCCGAGUCGAGCAGUCGUGGAACCAUGUUGCAAACAUUAGGCGAUACAAGAAUCUCUCAGCUCACAAGUUUGUGGGACCCCAUGACUUUAUCACGACCUAGUGAUUUUCACAAGGAGCAUUUCGUCUUCAUUUCGCAUGGAGACAAGCAUGUGGCUUUUGUACAGCGACUUGUGUCUCAACUUUCAGAAGCAGGAGUGCCUUACUACAACGAUCAAAGCGUCAAUGGGCAAGAUUUUUACACACGUAUUCAGUUAGCAAAGGAGGCCAUUCUACGCUGUUCGUGUUUUGUGGUGCUGGUGUCUAAACAGACCGUAGGGAAUGAGUUGGUGCGUGACCAACUGGCGUUUGCAGAGGACAAGGGUCGACCGAUUUUCCCCGUUGUGUUGAAUGAUUUGGACCCUGGCCUAGAUAAACGAUACUCACUUGUGCGUAGUGAGCUGUUUCACUUUAUGGCGAAUGGAAUGAGUUUCAAAGCUAGUUUUGAUCGGUUAGUUAAGGGUUUACGCAGACAAUGGAUGGAUGGGGGACACCAGGAAGAAAAGUAUGGAUCAUCGUCAGAGAAUGGAGCAGAUCAAAGUCGCAACCUGGAAUCCAUUGAAGGGCUUGACGAUAACGAUUUAGAUUGGCUGCGCACUAGAGUAAGAAUGUAA